CAGAUCAGUGGGUGUGGCCAUGUGUCAUGUGACCUCCGUAAUUCCGUGCUGUCAUGGCCGCAGAAGAGCUGCCGUCUGAUUUCGACGUCGUUGUUCUUGGCACAGGCUUGGCUGAGUCGGUGGUGGCAGCAGCGUGCGCGCGCGUGGGACAGAGAGUUCUGCACGUGGACAGGAGGAGUUACUAUGCGGCAAACUGGGCUAGCUUCAAUUUCAGCGGGUUGCUUACCUGGAUCCAGCAGCACCAGGAGGCCUGUGAGGCAGACCUGGUCCAGGAUUGGUCCAGCCUGUUGGAGGACGGCGAGGAGAUCAUCUCUCUGUCGAACUCCAGCUCUGCGUCCAUCAGUAACGUUCAAGUCUUCUGCUACACCAGUGAGGAAGACGAGGAGGAUGAAGUCCAGACUCCAGCUGCUGCCAGCACCACAGAAGAAGCAGCAGAUGAUGAUGGAAGCUUGAAGUCUGACCUUCCUGCCGAUCCCUGUGAAGUGGAACAGAAGGACGCACGUGAAGGACAGGGGGAGGGGUCAUGCGUCUCUCCUGCCGAGAGCCAAUCAGAGCCAACAAGGAAGAUCAGCUAUGCCAAGCUGGUGAAGGAAGGACGCCAGUUCAACAUCGAUCUGGUUUCAAAGCUGAUAUUUUCUCGUGGCUCAUUGGUCAAUCUGCUCAUCAAAUCAAAUGUCAGUCGCUAUGCAGAAUUCAAGAACAUAACCAGGAUUCUCACCUAUCACCGCGGAAACAUUGAACAGGUCCCGUGCAGUCGGGCUGAUGUCUUUGCCAAUCGUCAGCUGUCAGUCAUAGAAAAGAGGAAACUGAUGCGUUUCUUGUCAUCCUGUGUGGAGGAGGGGCCUGAGCAGCAGGCUUUUAGUGGCCGGCCAUAUUUGGAGUUCCUUCGUGGGCAGGAGCUCAGUGAAAACCUGCAGCACUUCCUCCUUCACUCCAUCGCCAUGGUAACAGCAGACACGCCCACAGAAGUGGGCCUGGCCUCCACACGUCACUUCUUGCAUUGUUUGGGCCACUAUGGAAACACGCCAUUCCUCUUUCCGGUCUAUGGCCUUGGAGAAAUCCCGCAGUGUUUCUGCCGGAUGUGUGCUGUGUUUGGGGGGAUCUACUGUCUGAGACACUCCAUCCACUGUCUGCUCAUCGACAAGAACACCAACAGGUGCAAGGCAGUGAUUGACAGCCGGGGACAGCGAAUCAGUUGCAGUCAUUUUGUACUGGAGGAAGGUUAUGUCGGAGCAGAACAGAAACAAGGGGCCACGCCCACCAGGUCUGUGUCCAGAGCGGUUUUAAUAACUGAUGGCUCCAUCCUGCACAGCGAGUCAGACCAACAGAUUUCCAUGGUAACUGUUCCUCCGGAAGCUUUGGGGCAUCCGGCAGUGAGAAUGGUGGAACUCUGUCCUUCCACGAUGACCUGCAUACCUGGAACAUAUUUGGUCCACCUCACCUGUCAGUCAGUUGACUCCGCCUACCACGAUUUGUCACCUGUGGUUACCAGGAUGUUCCACACACCUGAGUCCAGUCAUAAAGGAAAUCGUCCGUCUGUCCUCUGGUGUCUGUACUUCAAUAUGGCUGAUGGUGCUGCAGUGCAGGUCGAAGGUUACAACCUCCCAUCCAACGUACACGUGUGCGCCGGUCCAGAUGUCACUCUGGGACACGAAGGCGCCGUCACACAGGCCAAGUCGAUUUUCCAGAGGAUUCUUCCCAACGAGGAGUUCUGUCCUCUGGCUCCCAACCCCGAAGACAUAAUCUACGAUGGAGACAGUAGCUCCACCCCCCCGGGAAAUGAAGACCAGCAAGAAGAGGAGUGGGGCGGAGUCAGCCAGGUUGAAGAGGAGGAGCGGGGCGGGGUCAGCCAAGAAGAAGAGGAGUGGGGCGGGGUCAGCCAAGAAGAAGAGGAGUGGGGCGGGGUCAGACAAGAAGAGGAGGAGCGGGGCGGGGUCAGACAAGAAGAAGAGGAGGAGCGGGGCGGGGUCAGACAAGAAGAAGAGGAGGAGCGGGGCGGGGUCAGACAAGAAGAAGAGGAGGAGCGGGGCGGGGUCAGACAAGAAGAGGAGGAGGAGGAGCGGGGCGGGGUCAGACAAGAAGAGGAGGAGGAGCGGGGCGGGGUCAAGGAGUAA